CGACAUUUAUUAUAGAACAGAAAAAGUCGUCAGACUGUUGUGAUGUACGAUCACAUUCGAUAAAAUGACACUUGUGUUUCCUUGCAAUCGUUUCAUCAGGCGGCUUUGGCCGUCAGAUACGUAUUGACAGAAAUUCCUGGUUUACCGUCAUGUGACGGCUCGUCAAUUCUGGCUUACCCGGGGAUUAUUUUAAGGAGUGGCGGAAGAAUGGCAGAGGAGCAAAAGAUGGAGAGACCCCAACCGACAGUUAUCUUUGGUUCAAAUCAGUAUAAAUCUGGCUUUCAUUCUGCACUGGCGAUGAUUUUAUGGUUGGGUGCAAUACAUUUCAAUGUAGUACUUGUUCUUCUUGCACUUGUGUUUCUCCCCACUUCAUGGACACUACUUGUUCUGGGGUUACUCAUAAUACUGAUGCUUAUUCCAGUGAACGAGAGCAGCAAAUGGGGGCAUAGAUUAGCCAGAUUUAUAUGCUACCAUAGUGCUGGUUACUUUCCAGUUACUCUGAUCGUAGAGGAUAUGAAGGCUUUUGAUUCUAACCGAGCCUAUGUGCUCGCUGUAGAACCACAUUCAGUUUUACCAAUUGGCAUUGUAGCCCUGUGCAAUCACACUGGUUAUAUGCCCCUGCCUAAGAUCAAAGCUCUUGCAAGUAGUGCUGUUUUCUACACACCGCUGCUAAGACAUAUAUGGUCUUGGAUGGGACUGGUACCUGCUACUCGAAAGAACUUUGUUAAAUAUCUGAAUUCUGGUUAUAGUUGCAUUAUUGUUCCUGGUGGUGUUCGAGAAAUAUUUUAUAUGGAGCAUGGUACAGAGGUUGCUUUUCUGAAACAGAGGCAUGGAUUUGUUCGUGUGGCUUUUGAGACAGGCUGCCCAUUGGUUCCUGUCUUUUGCUUUGGUCAGACUGAAGUUUAUCGAUGGUGGAAACCAAAAGGAAAAUUAUACAAUCAUUUGGCACGAGCUAUACGGUUCACACCAUUGGUAUUCUGGGGAACAUUUGGGACACCAAUUCCUUAUCGUCGGCCAAUGCAAAUUGUUGUAGGGAAACCAAUUGAGGUUGAAAAAAAUCCACAACCUUCAAGUGAACAGGUGGCUGAAAUUCACACAAGGUUUGUGUCAGCACUUCAAGAUCUUUUUGAAAGGCAUAAAGUGGAUGCAGGGUAUAAAGAUACACAUCUUCAGGUUCUUUGAGUCUCACAAGUGCUGAGAUGCAGGAAACGAGUGGUUGUUUUUUAUAUGAAGUAGCAUGCUUUCCUGAUCCAGUUAUCUGUUUCUCAUAGUUUGUACUUAGUACAAAAUUGCAGAUUGCUUGGACAUGUUGUAAUGAAAAUGUACAUUUAUUCUUAAUGAAAUAGUGAUGCAAUGUGGUAGUUGUGGCUUGAGUUUAUGAUUAUGAAGAAUUUGUUUGUGAUAUGAGACAACUCAUUUCCAUAGCUCUUGUAAGCUGGGCAAAGUAGGUUUCACUGAUUUACUACAAAUAUUCAUGAAGCACCUUAGGUGGGCAAUAUCGAAGUCCAGAGAUACAUUUUGAAACUAGAUUUGGAUCCUCUCAAGACACUAAAGAUUCAAACUUAGCAGCAAUAUUUAUGUGGUGGACGUAUUCUGCAUGGUCUUGAAAAUCUUUUCAUAGUGACGUUUGUUAUGUAAGUAGUAGCUAUCUUGUUAUGUAAGUAGUAGCUAUCCAAAGCGGCGAAGUGCAGCUGGAACAAAAGGCUAAUGGAAUAGAAACCAGAAAGUUAAAUAAAGCAGAGCAUCAUAUCAACUUUUAUUCUUA